AUGCAGUCUGACGACCUCUUCCUCCGCAAGUUCUGCCGGCAAAGGCCGCGACCCCCUCUGGCAACGGUCAACUUUGACUCUAAGCGGGACGGUGGGGUACGGGCGAGGGUGCUGGCAGGGGAGUGGCCCCCGAGGAGGGACGGGGAGGGGGCAGAUGGGGAGAGCCUUACUACCCCGAACCGUGUGAGUCUGAACCUGAGGUCAGUGGGCCGAGGACACAUCAUGCAGAGAAGCAACAGUGACGUGACGCUGGGUGACCUGGACUCUUCUGGUAAGGUGGGAGGGAAGGCCACACGGGUGGUGGGGGAGAAGGCAGGUGCCGGGGCUCAGGGGGACUCAGGGGUGGUACUGCACAGGGAGUAUGGCAGCCUCUCCUCACUGGAGAGACAGACAGGUCUGUCAGGAACACAGGAGCUCAGUGCAGACGACCAGGGAGCUCUGAGCCCCAACGCCCUCCGCUUCAAAGACCCCUUCCUGCUGCUGGGUCUGCAUGCAACACCCCCAGAACCAGACGGCUUCUUCAGGGCUCUUUCCGCCCCCACAGGAGAAACCCCAAAACCAGCCAAGCCCCCCAAGCCUGAGGGGCUGAGCAAGAAGGCCAAGCCUUCACCCCCACAGAUCCCCCAACCAGGUCCUUAUGACAACCUGGGAGGCGGAGCCUGGGUCAGGAACUUUGCUCACUAUGAUGUUCAGAGCAUUCUGUUUGACCUCUUGGAAGCAGCCAGCAAUCGAGACAGCAUCGGCCGCAAAAAGAACAUCACCUCAGGGGCGUCGGCCGCCUCAACGAUGCGCCCCCUCACCCAGGCCACACCCUCCUCCCCCUCGCAGGGUGGGGGUAGUGGUGGUGGGGCUGUGGAGGACCCUGACCAGUGUCUGCUGGACGAGGGAGAUGGGAACGACAACGAGCUGCUGCUCAGCUGCCCCCACUUCCGUAACGAGAUGGGGGGUGAGGAGCGGGCGGGCCUGGGGCAUACGCAGGGAAGAGGGUGCCUGUGGCUGAGCCUGAGGAACCCCAACGAUGCAGUGUCAGUACUGGAGGAACCCAGAGAGAGCCACGUCCAACAGCAGGGCAAGAGCAACUACUUCAUAGAACACGCAGACCUGGGAGCCCACUACUACCGCAAAUACUUCUACAUGAAAGAUCAUCAGAACUUCUUUGGUAUAGAUGACCGACUGGGUCCAGUGGCCAUCAGCUUCCGUAGAGAGGAGAAGGAGGGGUCCAGUGGAGCUCAGUAUAACUACAGAAUCAUCUUCAGAACCACUGAGCUGAAGACUCUGCGAGGCUCCAUCCUGGAGGAGUCCGUGCCGUCAGCGGCCCGCCACACCACCCCGCGCGGCCUGUCUCCUAAGAGGCUCCUGGAGUUCAUCAUCCCUGAGCUCAACCUCCACUGCCUGCGUCUGGCCUCCACCUCGCCCAAGGUCCGAGACACCCUGCUCAAGCUGGACGAACAGGGGCUGAACUUCCAGAGGAAGGUGGGGGUGAUGUACUGCCGUGCAGGCCAGAGCUCUGAGGAGGACAUGUACAACAACGAGAGCUCCGGGCCGGCUUUCGAGGAGUUCCUGGACCUGCUGGGGGAGCGAGUGAAGCUGAAAGGCUGGGAGAAGUACCGCGCUCAGCUGGACACCAAGACGGACUCCACGGGGAUCCAGUCCCUCUACACGCGCUACCAGGACUAUGAGGUGAUGUUCCAUGUGUCCACCAUGCUGCCCUACACGGCCAACAACACACAACAGUUGCUGAGGAAGAGGCACAUUGGGAAUGACAUAGUGACCAUAGUGUUCCAGGAGCCAGGGGCUUUGCCCUUCACUCCUAAGGCCAUUCGCUCCCAUUUCCAACAUGUCUUCAUCAUCAUCCAGGUGGAAAAGUCCUGCUCUGACCACACCUACUACAGGGUGGCGGUAACACGCUCCAAAGACAUCCCGUUAUUCGGGCCUCUGUUCCCUAAGGGUGCUCGAUUCCCCCGUUCCCCUGCCUUCAGAGACUUCCUGCUGGCCAAGGCGGUGAACGCUGAGAAUGCUGCCGAGAAGGCGGAGAAGUUCCGCUCCAUGGCCACGCGUACACGACAGGAGUACCUGAAGGACCUGGCAGAGAACUACGUGACCACCACGCCAAUCGACUCCUCCACCAAGUUCCCCCUGCUGUCCCUGGGGGGCAAACGCAAAGACAAACUGAAGGGGGCCAAGGGGGCAGAGCUGCACAGUGCUGGGGCGCUAGUCUGGGCUGUGAGGGCCACCAGUGGGAAUGAGGAGGAGAUAGGAGGACAAAAGCUGCCCUGUCUACUGGGGGUUUCAGCUGAAUCAGUGGUGCUGAUCGAGAGAUACACACGGAGGGUGGUGUUCAACUGCUGCUGCCGCGACGUGAUUGGCUGGAAGGCGUUGACAGACAGCAGGGCCUGCCUGGAUAUCUUCUAUGAGAGGGGGGAGGCAGUGUCAAUCAGUGUGAUGGACAGCCAGGCAGAGGAGAUACGGGAGAUGGUGCAGAGACUAGAGCUGGUGACGCGGGGCUGCGAGGCGCGGGAGGUGACCCCGCUGCGUGAUGGGGUGGGCCAGCCAGGCUUCCUGAUGAGCGAGGAGGGCUUUGUGACGGACCUGCAGCGGUUUGGCUAUGCAGAGAGUGGGGGUCUGCAGCUGGGGGCGCGGGUGGUGAGGCUGUGUGGUCACGCCCUGGUGCACCUGGGGCCGGAGGAGAGGGCCAGACUGCUCCGCACUGCCCACAAGAUCCACAUCACCGUCAUCCCUCCAGACGAGAACGGCAAGCCCCGCAGGAGUUUCUCAGAGUUGUACCAGAAAGCCAUCCAGGAUGCAGAGCGUAAGCCUGGGGAGGGCCAGUCUGGAGAGGCCUGGGUACUGGACGAGAGGGAGGAGGAGGAGGAGAUGGAGGAAGAGGAGCGUGAACAGGGAGAGGGAAAGGAGGCGGAGACUAUGGAGGGACCAGCUGAGGGAGGAGAGGCUGAGGACAGGCCGUCAGAGAUGGGACAGGGUGAGGAGGACAAGGGGGACCAGGGCUCCCUUUUCUCCACACCCAGCCUGCCUAUUUUACGGGCCACCUCCCUGCAUGACCACCCACCCAACCAGACCAUGGAGGCGAUCAGCCACUCCCAGCUAACACGCAGCUACUCCUUAGAGUACUCCCGGGACAUAUGUGGCGGGCAUGUGUAUGACAACGUGGGUGUGAAGAUGGAACGUCACAUCUAUGACAACCCAGAGGAGCUGAGAGAUGCCACGCCUGACCUCAUCCUGGCUGUUAGAUCCAAGGUGCCCCUGGAUGAGGAACAGUUUGUAGGGGCUGAGUUGGGUGAGGAGAGGACGUUAGCGAGUGACCCCUCCCUAUCCUCCACCCGGUUGUCGUGUCUGGACAGAACAGAGAGAAACUCCCGAGCUCUGAGCCUACACAACUCCAUCACCAAGAUCCUGUCCGAGAACACAGAUUCCUCAGAGGAGGAGUGGCAGUCUAUAGCUGAUCUAGCCACCGCCUGUCGCAGCAUCCUAGAGGCCUUGUCGCAGGAAGAUCGUAAAGCAGGAGAUGGGACCCAAGGAGCAGACUCCCUGACAGAUGGCAAGCUAAAGGACAUGAAGGACAGUGACUCCCCGGGCCCCCUGGAGGAGAAGGUUUCCCAGCUGGAGGACAUGCUGAAGAGGCUGCAGGACGACCUGCAAAAGGAGAAGGAGGACAAGGCGGUGCUGCAGGCCGAGGUGCAGAGCCUCAGGCAGAAUAACCAGCGGCUGCAGGAGGAAUCCCAGAGCACCGUGUCCCGCCUCAUCAAAGUCACCGAACUGCUGUGCAAUGUCAACAAGCCCUGUUAGCUCCACCACAGUACACACUGUGUACACACACACACAGAUCACACACACAGAUCCCACACAAACAAACACACACAGAUGAUCGCACACAAAAAAACACACACACACCCACACACACAGGCGAUCACACACAGAUCACACACAGAUAAACACACGGCGCAUUCAAUAUUGUAAAAAACCACACCAGCAUAGUACAUCAACCUGCUCUACACCACGUAUAUAGACACAUGCAUAAUACUCCGCAUUCUGUAGGAUGACAUUUUACCUCUGGGCAAGCCCAUGAGGGCAGAACCAACUCAAAAAAACAACAUUUCUCACCAUCUGAUAGUCCUCUCAAUAGAUUGACUAAUGGUUGUGCUUGAGUGUGUUUUGUACCUUGAGUGUGCGCAAGUGAGUGUGUGUGUGUGUGUGCCGUCACUAUGGUUCUUUUAUCUUGCUUCACAUACUUGACAAGUUGGGCAGAAUAGCAAUUGCUUAAAACAACCCAGUUGAUUUAGAUGAAGAGGCACGUGUGCAGCUUGGUGCCUGUUCGUUUCAAUAGACACAAAGCGUGUGUGUAUGUCUCAUGAUGUACGUAUGUAAACAGUAGUCUCCCUCCCCUCUCUGCUCAACCCACGCCAUGGUAUGCAGCGUCUCGGACCGAGAACAGUUCAGCUGGGCACCCUUAGAGUGGAGGGCCUUGGAGCUACAUAUUACACAGGAAAAAGGGAAAACGACAAUUGCAUGCCUGCAGGCAGCCUGCUGGAAAAGAUGGAAUGAUGCAUACUGACCCUGCCUCUCUCUGCCAAAAUUCUCACGAAAUGGUUAAUUCAUUGUGUAGAGACACCAUUCUCUCCUCUCCAUACCUACUCAGCUUAAUUUCAAGGGUUGUGGACUUGAGUAUUCCACGUCUGCUUCCAGUGAAUGAGACACAAUUUAUUUAUAAGGGAAUUGACUCACCGAAUUAAUUCUGAUUGAGUUGAAACAGAUAUUCAAGUGGAUAAUACCUCUGCUGAGGAUGAAACAAUGGGAGAGAUCCUCAUUAUCCCUGAAAGACUGGCUGUAGAAGCUAUGCUGUAGAAAGUGCACCUCCUGCUGGACUGAACCAUGCAUUGCCAUAAGGCAGCUCUCCUUUUAGAUUUAAUGUGAAUGGGAUUUAAUGUGAACUGCACAGGAUUCCUUUAGUGAACACAGCCUUCUGUGUUCCAAUAUAUUUUGUGUUUGAUGGCCACAAUGACAAUUCAGUGUAUUUGAAAUGAAUUCAGAAUGGAGUGGUUGCCUGUGGGUGAGGGAUUCCCCCAUUUCACCCUAAUGUUGUUGUCUGUGUACCUACUGUAUGUGUGUUUCUGCGUUGUUCUUGCACUUUUAGCAUCACCUAUAUCGGCAUGGGACAGGGCACAUAUUUAACCUCCUGCCCAGGUUCAUGCCUUGCUUGAAACAUUUAAGUGGAUUUGAUCUCACCACUUCACCUCACCCCACCUCACCUUCAGGUCCACUGCUGAUGACGCCAAUAACAAUGUGAGAUCAGAGGAGAACGGGAUUAUUCCUCCUCCAAGACUGUUCUGCCAAAAGAUGCCAAGGCAGCUCUCCUACACCCAACUCAAACCACUGGACCCAGCAGUGUUGUACAGCUCUGUAAGGGAUGCCAAACAAUUGUCACUCAAAGCUCUUGUUUGUUGUAUAUACUAUUUUACUUCCUCUUGUAAUUUUAUUUUAGAGUCACUGUGAUUACCCGGUACCAGCAGAUAAUGAUAUAUUCAAAUUAAAUUAUAAAUCUAAACUUUAUCUAUAUGUGAAGACAACAUGUACAGCUGAACUGCUCAGUGCUACUUAGUACAUUUGGUUGUGUAUGCCCUCAAUUGUAGGAUGGUUUAAUAUGGAGACUAGUGUAAAUGUGCCCAAACAGGCUGUUUGAGCCAGGCUGUUUAAAAUGGUGAUGCCUUGUUGUUGGAAAUGAUUAGCAGAGUGGAGAAGUGUAAGAAUAUCUGCUGUUUUACUGUGUUCUUCUGUAUAGUUAUGUAGAUUGUAGGAGGUUGAUGAAGCAUGAUAAUGCACCAGGUAACUUCCUAGCUCCCCUCUCUGUGUGUGUAUGUAUGUAAAAAAAAAUGUAAUAACUUAUUAAUCUUGCAAAUGUGGAAUUCCCUGUUAGAUGUGUUAAUACAAGGGGAGGGAGGCAGCAAUUAGAUGUGCUAUAAAGUUAAAAUGGUAUGAUAGGGGUUGGUUUUAAGGAAGAAUCUGUUUUUAUAUAUACAUUCAAAUACAAGAAGGCAAGAGGUCAAAUAUUUCUGCAAUGUUCUAGUAUUUCUUGGGGAAAUGAUAAUGGCUAUCGUUAUCAUUCUAGUAUUGAGCUAUUCAUUCAGAGCUCCUACGUUCACGUUCAAUAAGGUCUCUAAUGCCACUAGGUACGCCUUAAAGAGUGACUCUGGGACUCUCCAGAGAGGACAGGACAGACAACAUGGUCAGACUGGUUCAUGUGAAGGCUUCUUUCUCAGACAUUGUGCCUACCUGAAAUUGUAAUGUACGGUAACUCAGCUUGGUGUCUUCAUUUCAGUUCUUCAUGGUCAUUGUUUGCAGACAGUGUCAGGUUGUCCGUGUAUCCUGCAGGAUAGACAGGUGCGUCUGCCACCUCCCAGAGGAUCUGUGGCCAUUAAAUCAAAAAGAUGGGUUUAGGGACGCCAGGAAAGUGUCAUAAAGGUUAUAUGAAGACGAUAUGAAGUUUGUGUUUGCUUUUGUUAGGUUAAAGGAAAUGAUCCGUAUAGAGCUGGUUUAAGAGCAGUAUCUCCAACCUUAUUGAAUCACAAUCAUUCCAUGCAUAAAAACAUAAUUUUCCACAAUCAUUUGAACCCCCAUUUAUGUAUCACAAAAAGUAUCCCUGAGUGACCCCUAACAACACCUUGUAUCCCUGAGUGACUCCUAACAACACCUUGUAUGCCUGAGUGACCCCUAACAACACCUUGUAUCCCUGAGUGACCCCUAACAACACCUUGUAUGCCUGAGUGACACCUAACAACACCUUGUAUGCCUGAGUGACCCCUAACAACACCUUGUAUGCCUGAGUGACCCCUAACAACACAUUGCAGAUGGUAACAAUGCAGUAGUCCUUUCACUCACCUGCUCUAGGCUACAUCAGCUGGCAAACGAUCUCCACCCAGCCAAUAGUAAACCUGUGAGAAUGAUCCCUGGUAGAGACAUUGUGGUUGUUGCCUCCUCCCAUCCAUGCUGUAGGAGAGGAAACCAAUGACCAGUUGUUUUUCUUUUAUCCUCUUAUUUGUUUGCCUUAUAUGUCAUUGCAUCAUCCUUACAGGAAACCAAUGCUCUCCGUACAGUGUGUGCCCUACUUCCACCUUGUCAUCUCUUUGCUGCUGUUGUAGAAGGGGAUGUAUUCAUGUGGCCAUACAGUAAGGAUGAUAGAAUACAGUACAUUAGUACCAGUGGAACCACACAUAACAUCACAUCCCCAGUGUAGGUUUUAUGGGAGGUCUGGCCACACAUCGCUCAUGUCACACCGGUAGCACGCAUUAUGCACUCUGCUCAGCCAGUGAAAGAGCUGACGUUACCAUAGCCAGGCAGUGGAACACUGAGGGAAUGUACUGUAACAAAACAUGGUUUCAGUAUGAUGCCACCUUCAAACCUGUCAUUUCAUCCAUGAGAAAAGUAAAGUGACUAAAUGUUGUUCAUGUCGUGUGAACUGGAGGGCUCAUGGCAAUAAAGAAUCCUCUGUACCUUU